GAGCACAGUAUGAUGAUGUGCUGAUGGUCAGUGCUCUUUCAGCCACCGACAUUAACGCUGCCCUUGACAACGCUCUGAAGCAGCUAAAUGAAACCACCGCAUCCAAGUCAGAUCUCGUGUUCCUGCUGUCCGACGGAUCGCCUACGUCCGGAAUUACCGACCUCAGUAAGAUACGACGAUCUGUCCUAGCAAAGAGGCCUCCAGAUGUCUCUGUUCACACGCUGGGUUUCGGCGAUGGCGCGGACAUGGCUUUCCUUGAGCGGCUGGCAUGGGAGAACAAAGGCAUUGCGACGAAGAUCUAUAAGGACAAAGACGCAUCCGUACAGAUGCACCAGUUCUACAGAUUGCUUAGCACGCCACUGCUCACCCACGUUCAGGUGAAAUACCCCGACGAUGCCGUUGACAGAUCGUCACUGACUCGAGUCUAUUUCCCCAACUAUGUGAACGGCACCGAGAUUGUAGUUGCUGGAAAGCUGAGUGACGACAGAUCAGAGGCGUUGACAGCACGAGUGGACGCUGAGUCUGCACAAGGUCCUAUCUCUCUCACUUUACAGGUAGAUGAGGUGGGUCAAGACACUAUGGAAGAUAGCAGAAAAGGCUACCUGGAGAGAAUCUGGGCUUUCCAGUCUGUGAUGGCACUGCUUAAAGAUAUGUCACUCGCCGAUGUCGCAUAUGAUCACCAGCAGUUGAAGAAGCAGGCUCUUAAUAUCUCCCUGAUGUACAAUUUCGUGAUUCCUGGACUAACAUCGAUGGUCGUUGUUGAACCGGACUCUUCUCUCCAACUGUCUCAUGACAAAGGUCAGACACAGAUGGAUCAGCAAAAACAAUCCAGCAUUGGGAAAAACAAUCAUGGGUACAGUUCACCUCGUUCCUCAUCCUCAUCCUCAUCCUCAUCCUCAUCCUACUCAGUGGAUAAUGACCCUCACUUCAUUGUGAAUAUGACCGGUAGCCGUCGUGCAAUCUGCUUCUCAAUAGAUGGUGUCCCUGGUGACGUGCUGCAGUUAGUUCGUGAUGACAAAAAAGGCAUCUAUGUGAACGGUAAAAUCAUCGGCGUGCGACGUCAGCGCCAUCAUAGGAAGCCACGCACGUACUUCGGCAGCAUCUUCGUCGCCGUCGGUGACUUCCACCUCGUGCUGACGACGACGGAGAUUCGCACGAGCAACGGCAUGACGCUGUCGUGGAAGCAGCACACCGGCCUCAUCCACAGCAACCUGCACGUCAGCAUCGGCUACCGACGCAACGCCACCAUCAGUAUUGGAGACGGAGUGAAGUUCAUUGUACUCCGACAUCACCGUCCAAACAAUAAAGCUGCUUACAUGGGCUUCUACAUCAUGCAGGGAAAGGGUUUCUCAAAGUCCACUCAUGGAGUGUUGGGUCAGCUGUAUCAUAGGUCGGUGAAAAUUAUUAAGAAAAAGCAGAGGAACGAGUCUAUACCUAAAUUAACUAGGGCAUGGCUAUAUACUGAAGGGCAUAAAGUCAGGGUGCGCAAAAGCAAGCGCAGAGAUGAGCAUCUUAAGAAGAAGGUGGAUUGCUGGGCAGUGAAGAACAAUGGGCGUGGCCUCCUGCACGGGAAGUGGCAGGACUAUCUGCAACCUUGCCUCACCUGCUUCAAGAAGAACAAGACAUGAUGUAUCGCGCGCUAUGCCUUCACGGGCCUUCCUGUAGCUGACAUUAUGACAUGACGUAUCGCUGCCUGUAGCAGUCAAGGCUCUCGUUCCUCGAGUGCCAACUAGCGUGUAGGCAGUGGCAAAGAAUCUAUAGUGCAGAAGGGCAGUCGACAACGACAACGCGUGAUCGCCAUGGCUGUGGCACAAUCGUGUGGCAAAAUGCGGAGUUGAGUGUUUAGUGGCAGGUAGAUUUGAGUUGUGACGACCAUGUUGUUCUGAAUAGCCUUCGACCAGGGAUCGUUGGAAAAUAACCAGUUUUCAUCUGCGUUCUCUAUACCUCGUCAGCUUGCGACUCAUUUCGGUGCUUAGCUGCAUCCGUGUCAUGUCGCCACUGUGCAACCUGUUAGUUUGCAAGCAUCUAUGUAGCGUAGAAUGGUCAGGGUUGAGAACCUUCCAAGGCAUCGAUUUAUACGUAAUGAUGUUUGAAUAAUGAAAGCGUGGCAAAGGCAGAGUAGUGAAAGUGCAGACGUUCAGCAACAGUCACAACUCAGUCAGGUUGAUAAAAGGUAUAUUAGUAUUUUGAAUAAAUGUUAAUCUUAUAAAUGUGUGAGGUCCAUGUGAAACUUCUGCACUGGGAAGAUGAUAGUAUUGCGCCUACUUCUAUAUGCACCCAUAUGAGACAUUAAACGUUUUCUCUGGUAUGCAGGGGACAUGGAGUUUUGUUCAACAGAAGGAAAUGACGUUACCUGAUGGUGAAGCUCGAAUGGGACAUGACUUCCCCAGGUUGAAUAAAUCACGCUGUAAUGCCCUCUAGGGUGUCGGAGACGAGUUAUAUUUCCCUGACACGUGAUGUAUUUUAGUCAACCAGCAAUGCUGUCACAUCUAUGUAUGGUAAUGCCCCUUAUCAUACGCGAAAUAUGACAAGUGAGAAAAAUCGAAGUGUUAUUUGCCGAGACAAGUGAUAUAUUUAAAGAGAGCCAACGAUACUGUCACAUUAGUAGGGUGUAUUAUUAAAAGGAGGUGUGUCCUCGAUAACAUUAACAAGCUGGUAUGUAGUGCUGCCUGGUCAGAUUGCUUCCCGGGUGUUCUUAUAUAAGGUAAAGAGCAGGUACAAGUCUAACGGUACUGUCAGUUGAGAGUGGGGGGGGGGCACUCUCCAAUUUGUGAUAAUUUGAUUACGAGCAAAGGAUAGUGGCCCAGCAGAUUUUUGAGUGGCGUGUUACAGGACUCUCCUCCUUUAAUGCUCUUUGCUGAGUCUAAUGCGAUUGAUUAACUCAUCUUUGAUGUACUUUGCGUUUGUCAGGCUAAUGUACUGCAGUCAGCCAAAGAACGUUCGCGCUAAUGUCAGCUUCUGUGCGUGUUGUGCACUCGUGGCAUUUUAAUAUUGUUCGUAUUUUUAUGGAUAUACGAUUUGUCACCCAUACUUUAUAUAC